CAGUAACUAUGUGAAUGUUUUACUGAAUGUUCAAACAAAAAUCUCUGUGCUUUCUGAAGUGGCUCUAGUUCAUUUGCUGUAACUAAUACUUCUCUGAUUUAUCAAGUCUAUGCUAGAAUCUGUCUAAAAUUCAAAGACGACGUUGCGAUAACUUCUGUCAGAUGUAUUUAUGCACAAUACAUAGUGUUAUUAUAAUCCACGAAGAGUAACCCUUGCCAGUUUAUGGUAGCAAAGAAAGGUGUGUGCCUGCAGCAGCACAGAUGGAGGGAGGACACAGAGCCACAGUGUCCUGGGAGAAUGGAACCCUUGCCCCUAUGGAGCAUCUCCGCUCAGAGAGAGCGGACAGCCCCACACCAGGCCUGGUGGAGGGGACUGAACCUGGUGCAGGUCAGAGGAGUGCUAUGUUUGUCCACUCACAGUCCUUUGAGGAUUUAACAUCAGAGGUCGAACAGGAGGGGCAAAGAGACUCUGACCAGGACGGACCAGAGGAGAGUUGUGAGCAGCUGCAGCCCCUUGUUGUUGAGGAGGAGAGCAAAGAUGAACAAAACAAUGACAUGCAGUCAGGCAGUAGCACCAAGGAAGAGGACGUGUGCAGCGAGGCCUGGAGGAGCCACAGGAAACAUGUCUUUGUGCUGAGUGAAGCAGGGAAACCCAUCUAUACUCGCUACGGGACAGAGGAGGCGCUGUCCAGCACUAUGGGGGUCAUGAUGGCACUGGUUUCUUUUGUUGAGGCUGACAAGAACAUAAUUCGCUCCAUUCAUACAGAUGGGUGUAAGGUGGUCUUCCUGACAAAGAGUCCUCUGGUCCUGGUGGGAGUGUCUCGUAGCUGCCAGUCAGACAAGGAGCUUCUACGUGAACUACAGUACAUUUACUAUCAGAUCGUCAGCCUGCUCACCCUGACCCAGCUCAACCACAUCUUCCAGCACAAGCAAAACUAUGACCUGCGGCGGUUGCUAGCUGGCUCAGAGUACCUCACGGACAACCUUCUACUCCGCUUAGAUCGAGACCCUGGCCUGCUGCUCAGUGCCGUUACCUGCCUUCCUCUGCCAAGUUCUUCCAGGGAUGUUGUUUCCUCUACCUUACAGGCUGCCAAAUCCAAAAGCCUCGUCUUCUCUAUUCUGCUAGCUGGAGACCGUUUAGUCACUCUGGUGAGGAAAAAAGACCAGUUUUUACACCACAUAGACUUACACCUGGUCUUUAAUCUGGUCGGCUCCUCCUCUUCAUUCCGUGAGGGUGAAGGCUGGACCCCCAUUUGUUUGCCAAAGUUCAACACUGCAGGGUUUUUCCAUGCGCACAUUUCAUACCUAGAACCAGGUUCGGAGCUCUGCCUGAUCCUGGUCUCAACUGACAGAGAGGACUUUUUUAACAUGUCUGACUGCAAGAAACGCUUUCUGGAAAGACUGACCAAACGUACUGCAUAUCAGGCUAUGAAGGAUGCACUCAAAUGUCCCAGCUACUCUGUGGAGCAAGUGGGAAUCCCAGAACUUCGACACUUCUUGUACAAGUCUAAGAGUUCAGGACUCUAUACCAGUCCAGAGUUUCCUCUCAUAUAUCAACCUGAAGAACAGCAAGAACGAGUCAUGAGCUUGUACCAGGACCUUCACAGUCGCUUGCACCAUCCCACGAGACCCCUGCGCUCCUUCUACCUCUGCAGCGAAACAGAAAAUCUCUUAGCAUGGGUGACGAGUGGCUUUGAACUUUAUCUUUGCUUCACUCCACUGGCAACUAAGGCUAUGGCUGUUUCUGCUGUCAACAAACUGCUGAAGUGGAUCAGGAAAGAGGAAGACCGCUUGUUCAUCUUGAGUCCUCUAACAUACUAAACUCUAGCACUCUAUUAACCUAUUAAAUGACUCUGAAUGUUGAUGAGCCUGGUGCUAAUAACUGCGGAUUCUAAAAUCAAGCAAAAGAGAUCUGGGAUAAUUUUGUUAACAAAUAAUGCUAUAUUUUACAAAUCUUUUAUUAUUUUUUAAACUAUGUUUGAUUAUAACAGUACUGCUAAUAUUUAAACCUGGAUUUCUUUGAAAAUUAAAAAAAAUGUAUUGCUACUUUAUGAAAUUAAUUUCUAAAUAGAAACUUGGAAUCAGACUGUAGCUCUAAGUGUAUUUCUCUCAUCUCAAAAACAGGUACAACAUAAAAAUCUUUAGGUAAUCUACAUGCAGCACUGUUACUUUACCGAUCACACUCCAAAUAGGAUUGUUUAAUGAUUUCCUUAAAUGUCUGUGAAAUUUCUUUGUAAUUUAUUUAUUUUAGGUCACAGUUGUUUUAAAAGUCUGGAAUUUAAAAAAUAUAAAAUUAAAACUAGUCCAGUAAAUUGUAAACAAACACUAUGAUAAAGUGGUGGCUGCUAUGGUGUGUCGGUGUAUUAGUAACAGCAGCCUUUGUGGCCAUAUAAACUUAAGUUUCACAGUUGUAGCCAAAACUCAGGCCAUUUAUAUUUUCAUAUUUCAAAUUAAAACUCUCCAGGACUCACAAAAAUACUUCUUUAUACUGAGUGCCUUGUUCAUGUAUUUUAUCUUGUAGUUGACUUAUUUUUUUUCCAAUAAUUUAGGAUUUUCGACACUAAUAUGAUGUUCUAAAUUCUAAAACAUAAUGCCUUGUUUUUUAGACUGGAUAUGCAUUGAACACAUUACUAAAUAAAGGCAGAUCAGUAGAGCUGCUGCUGUGUUAACUAAACAAGAAGGAAAUGUUAUUAACAAACAGAACAUGUUCAGCCCUCACUACAUCCAAUAUAAUUGAAACAAAUAACAGGAAUAAUGUGUUAGCGAUUUAUAACAAAUUGUUUAUUGUAUGAAUUAUUAAACUUUUAAAUUUUAAAUCAA